AUGCCCAGAAAGGCUGCUCAACCUCCUCCUCCCAGCAUCGUGGCGCCUGAGGAGGAAGGUGGCCUGGCCACACAGGUGGCUGAAAAGGUCCUCAAGUCUUUGGAGCCCAUCCUGGAGAAUCGCAUCGGAACUGUUCAGCAAUCCGUCGCAGUCGUCGCCAAACUUGUGGAUAUGAAUCUGAAUCAAUCCGACGACCCGAAGCACUUCCUCCAACGCAACCCUGACAUCAGGUACACCCUCGAUGCUCCGUCCGAUCUGAAUCGAGUCAAAGCCCUGACCAUGUCUGAAAUCAUGUGCCUCCUUCAGCGGGCUGGUGAACCUUUCAACCAAAUCAUCCGCGUGAAGCACAGCGGGCAGGAACUGAGGUUCACCUCCAAGUCGGAAAGCGCUGAAAUUCGAAUCAGGGCGGAGGCUUGGCAGAUCAGCACACACCUGGGACUUUCUGUCAACUGCGGAGUAAUCCCAAAGCCGUACUUUGUCUGCGCCGAUAACGUCUCCAACGAACUGUUUCCCAAGCCUCGAGACUUGAAGGAUGAGUGGAGCGAAGAAAACCAGGUGGAUAUCAACAACGCCUUCUGGGCGCGAAAGAACCUCAUCUUGGUGUUGUUUGAACUCGAGCACGCGAAGAAGCUCAUUUCCGAUGGUAUCUUUUUUGGCGACACACACUUCUCUCAUGUCAGACCAUUCGAACUGCAGUCGGUGCCCAAGUUCUGCUACAAGUGUUACAAGCCCAACCACCUCAGGAAGGAGUGCCAAGCACGGGAUUUCCGGUGCGGCCGAUGCGCUGGAAUGCACGAUACCCAGGGCUGCGACAAUCCUGCCAUCAGGUGCCCAAACUGUGGAAAAGAGCAUGAGGCUUGGUUUCCGCAGUGUUCCAACAGGCAAGUCCAGAGCAUGCGCGCCCUUUGCAAGGAAUGGGAAAGCCAAGGACCCUCGUGGGCUACAAUGUCACCGAGGGAGGAGUUGAACGGCUGGCUCAAACAGAUGACAAGCCCGAGCCCGGGCCCAAGCCAAAGCCAACCAGUUGAGCCCAAAACCGCUCCGAAGAAGGGAAAGAAGAAGGCGAAGGCCUCCGCGGAUGCCCCCAAGGAUCAGGAUCGACGUGUGACUCGGUCGGCCACUGCCAAGGCAGCCGCUUCAUCGACAGAGUCUGGAGAUCGGGGACAGACUGAAGGUGAGCAGCGUGUUGGCAAGCCCAAGGGUAGAAAGAACAAGAAUUCCAAAUCUUGA